CGUAUAGGAUGAUAAACGUGAGGAAAAUAAUUCUCUUGGUGUAUACGGAAGCCUUUAUUACCGAUUGUUCCGUGAGCAUUACCGGUGCGUAACGUAGACGUCCCCUAUUUUGCUGUAGUAUGGCCGGUGUGCGGGAGAGGGAGGCCCUGCAGUGCCUGGAUUCAUCAAGCAUAAUGAAAGUCUUGUUAUUGAAGGACCCCAGAAGUGGAGAUAUAGCUUCAGAUCCUUAUGUUACGGCGUUGUCAUCAUACGGAUAUCAGGCAACACUAAUCCCUGUGUUAUCCUUUAAAUUUGUGUCCCUGGAGCAUCUCUUUGACAAGCUGUCUCAUCCUGAAAAUUAUGAGGGUCUCAUUUUCACCAGUCCAAGGGCUGUGGAAGCUGUCAGAUUAUGUCUGGAAGAUAAUAAAGAAGCUUGGGAGCAUUCCCUGAAAGACAAAUGGAAUUGUAAAUGCAUCUAUGUGGUGGGGAAAGCUACUGCUGCCCUGGUUGAUGAACUCGGCCUUUCUUCAGAAGGGGAAGCAUCUGGUAAUGCAGAGAAGCUCGCUGACCUCAUAUGCUCCAAACAAAUCUCUAACUCUGCCCCCAUCCUGUUCCCAUGCGGCUCCUUAAAAAGAGAAGUUCUUCCCAAAAGACUUCAGGAAAAAAAUGUACCUCUGGAGAGCAUUACUGUUUAUCAAACGGCCCAGCAUCCCGAUAUACGAUCCUCUCUGACACUGUAUUUCACAGAGGAAGGCAUUCCAGGAAGCAUUGUGUUUUUCAGCCCAUCGGGAGUGAAGUUUUGCCUCAAAGUAAUCCAGGAGCUAGCCAAUGAUCAAGUGGAUCAGAUCAAGUUUGCCGCAAUUGGUUCAACUACAGCCGAGGCAAUGGUGGAAGAAGGCCUAAUUGUGAGCUGCACUGCAAAAAAACCCACACCUCAGGACCUGGCGGAAGGACUGGAGAGCAUUCAUAGGCAAUUAUAAUGCAUCUUAAGGAUGCGUUCACACGUACAGUAUCCUGAGCAGAUGUAAUGCGCAGGAUUUGUAACUGCAGAUUAGACCCGUGCUCGGUCAUUUAAAUUAUAUUGAAAUCUGCAGCAGAAAAUCCUGCGCAUCAAAUCUGCACAGGAUACUUUACGUGUGAACACACCCUAAAGGGUUAUUCCAAAAAUCAAAAAUUCUAAUUUAUCACCUAUCCACAGGAUAAGUGAUAAGUAUCAGACUGGGGUCUGAUUGCUGGGAUGAUCAAAGGAGCGGGGGUACCUCAUCCCCACAACAAUGGAGCCACAUUUGAACAUGCCGCUCCAUUUGCUCGAAAUGGGAUCACUCUUCUUGCUAUCUUCCGCAGUCCCAUAGCAAGUAACUGGAGCGGCGGUGGAGAAUGCGCACUUCAGUUCCAUUAAUUUAGGGGAGAAGGAACCUCCUUCUCGUGAUUGGUUUGCGUCCCAGCAGUCCUACUUUCACUGAUCAGAUACUUAUCACCUAUCCUGUGUAUCUGUGGGUAGGUGAUAAGUUGUUAUCUUGGAAUAACUCAUUUAAAAUGUUCUGAUAAUCAUAAAAUGUGACUCUUGUUUGAUCCUUGUGAUUUCUUGUUUACUUCCAUAUCAUGGAAAAAUAUCACCUUAAAGGGGUAUUCCGGCCAAAAACCUUUUAUCCCCUAUCCAAAGAAUA